GCAGCUACCGGGCAGAAGCCUCCGGGACGCCGGGCACCCCCCGACCCACCCGAGCAAGAAGAGACGACUAAAGUACCUCCCCUCCGCUUGCCCCUCCUCUCACCCUAUAUCCCGGGACAGGUGGAGGGUCCGCCCAUUCCCCACCUGGGCGGGGAAGGCGCUGCCGAUUCCUCCUCCCCCCUUCUCCUUGCUCCCGCCCUAUCCUCCUCCUCCGCGGCGUCCCCAGAGGGAGCCCCUGCGCUCCGCGGCCGGGAGGAGUGCGCAGCCGGGCGCGCCCCGUCCCGCAGCCGGCUCCAGCCGCUCCGCAAGCCCCCACGCACCCGCUGCCGCCUGCAGCAGGAGGAGCAGAGGGAGGAGGAGGAGGAAGGCGGCAGCAGCAGCAGCAGCGGCAGCCCGCCCGCAGCGGGGCACGCACGUGUGCGCGCAGCCCUCGACGGCCGCCCUCCAGCAUGGUGCGCGGAACCGCGCCGGGCAGAGCGGCGGACAGGAGCUAAUCGCGGCGGCGGGAGACGAGAAGAGCCGAGCAGAGCAAAGCAGAGGAGCGGCUCCGCGGCAGCCUCCGUGCGUCCGUCCCGUCCGAGCCCCCCACCCCUCCGAGGGAGCGGCGGUCCCGCAGCAUGGGCGGCCGCAGCCCCCUCGCCGCCGGGCCCCGCGGGGCCGCUGUCCUGGUGCUGCUCCUGGGGCGCGUCGCCCUCUGCUCCGCCGUGGAGGAGAAGAAAGUUUGUCAAGGGACAAAUAACAAGCUGACCCAGCUGGGACAUGUGGAAGACCAUUUCACCAGCCUGCAGAGGAUGUACAACAACUGCGAGGUGGUACUGAGCAACCUGGAGAUUACCUACGUGGAGCACAAUCGUGACCUCUCUUUCUUGAAGACAAUACAGGAGGUUGCAGGCUACGUGCUCAUCGCACUUAACAUGGUGGAUGUCAUUCCCCUAGAAAACCUCCAGAUCAUCCGAGGCAAUGUGCUGUAUGACAACUCUUACGCCCUGGCAGUUUUAUCGAAUUACCACAUGAAUAAAACCCAGGGACUCCGAGAGCUGCCAAUGAAACGGCUAUCAGAAAUUCUUAAUGGAGGUGUUAAGAUCAGCAACAACCCCAAACUGUGCAACAUGGACACCGUUCUUUGGAACGACAUCAUUGACACGAGCAAGAAGCCUCUCACGGUUCUUGAAUUUGCAAGCAACCUGUCUUCUUGUCCCAAAUGCCAUCCGAACUGCACAGAAGACCACUGCUGGGGUCCUGGUGAACAGAACUGCCAGACAUUAACAAAAGUCAUCUGUGCCCAGCAGUGCUCUGGCCGGUGCAGAGGAAAGGUGCCCAGCGACUGCUGCCACAACCAGUGUGCUGCAGGGUGCACGGGGCCUCGGGAGAGUGACUGCCUGGCAUGCCGCAAGUUUCGGGAUGAUGCUACAUGCAAAGACACAUGUCCCCCAUUGGUCUUGUAUAACCCCACCACCUAUCAGAUGGAUGUCAACCCUGAAGGAAAAUACAGCUUUGGAGCCACUUGUGUGAGGGAAUGUCCACACAACUACGUUGUGACAGACCAUGGCUCCUGCGUUCGCUCAUGCAAUACUGAUACUUAUGAAGUGGAAGAAAACGGUGUUCGGAAGUGUAAAAAGUGUGAUGGGCUAUGCAGCAAAGUGUGCAACGGCAUUGGAAUAGGGGAACUUAAAGGGAUCCUCUCCAUAAACGCCACAAACAUUGACUCCUUCAAAAACUGUACAAAGAUCAACGGAGAUGUCAGCAUUCUCCCAGUUGCAUUUCUAGGUGAUGCUUUCACGAAGACCCUACCCUUGGAUCCCAAGAAGUUGGAUGUCUUCAAAACAGUCAAAGAAAUAUCAGGAUUUUUGUUGAUUCAGGCCUGGCCCGAUAAUGCUACUGAUCUCUAUGCUUUUGAAAAUCUGGAGAUUAUACGAGGCAGAACCAAGCAACAUGGCCAGUACUCCCUUGCCAUUGUUAACUUGAAAAUACAGUCACUGGGGCUGCGCUCCCUCAAGGAAAUAAGUGAUGGAGAUGUUGCCAUUAUGAAGAACAGGAACCUCUGCUAUGCUGACACCAUGGACUGGCGCAACCUGUUUGCAACUCAGAGCCAGAAAACAAAGAUUAUACAGAACAGAAAUAAAAAUGAUUGUGCUGCUGCCAGGCACGUUUGUGACCCCCUAUGCUCAGAUGUGGGCUGCUGGGGCCCCGGACCCUUCCACUGCUUCGCCUGCAGGUUUUUCGAUCGCCAGAAGGAGUGUGUGAAACAGUGCAAUAUCCUGCAAGGGGAGCCGAGAGAGUUUGAAAGGGACUCCAAAUGCCUCCCCUGCCACCCUGAGUGCCUGGUGCAAAACUCCACCGCGUACAACGCAACCUGCACUGGACCUGGCCCUGACAAUUGCAUGAAGUGUGCCCAUUUUAUAGACGGCCCCCACUGUGUGAAAUCCUGCCCAGCGGGGGUUCUGGGCGAGAACGACACCCUCGUCUGGAAAUAUGCUGACAGGAAUGCUGUUUGCCAGCUCUGCCAUCCAAACUGUACCCGGGGGUGCAAAGGGCCAGGUCUUGAAGGCUGUCCAAACGGGUCCAAAAUCCCAUCUAUUGCAGCUGGUGUCGUCGGAGGUCUCCUGUGCCUGGUAGUUGUCGGGUUGGGCAUUGGACUUUACUUGCGGAGGCGCCACAUCGUCAGAAAGCGGACCCUGCGCCGGCUGCUGCAGGAGAGGGAGCUUGUCGAACCACUGACACCCAGCGGAGAGGCACCAAACCAGGCUCAUCUGAGAAUUUUAAAGGAAACAGAGUUUAAAAAGGUCAAAGUUUUAGGCUCAGGAGCUUUUGGCACUGUUUAUAAGGGACUUUGGAUCCCAGAAGGGGAGAAAGUUAAAAUUCCUGUCGCUAUUAAAGAGUUGAGAGAGGCUACAUCACCAAAAGCCAACAAGGAAAUACUUGAUGAAGCUUAUGUGAUGGCUAGUGUUGACAAUCCUCAUGUAUGCCGCUUGUUGGGAAUUUGCCUCACUUCUACUGUUCAGCUCAUCACACAGCUGAUGCCUUAUGGCUGCCUCCUUGAUUACAUCCGAGAGCACAAGGACAACAUCGGCUCCCAGUACCUUCUCAACUGGUGUGUGCAGAUUGCAAAGGGAAUGAACUAUUUGGAGGAGCGUCGCCUGGUGCACCGUGACCUUGCUGCCAGGAAUGUCCUCGUUAAGACUCCUCAACAUGUGAAAAUCACAGACUUUGGGCUGGCAAAGCUGCUCGGCGCCGAUGAGAAGGAGUAUCACGCCGAGGGAGGCAAGGUUCCUAUUAAAUGGAUGGCCUUGGAGUCAAUUUUACACCGGAUUUAUACUCAUCAAAGUGAUGUCUGGAGUUAUGGUGUGACAGUCUGGGAGCUGAUGACAUUUGGGUCCAAGCCGUACGACGGGAUCCCCGCCAGUGAAAUCUCCUCUGUCCUGGAGAAGGGCGAGCGUUUGCCCCAGCCCCCCAUCUGUACCAUCGAUGUGUACAUGAUCAUGGUCAAAUGCUGGAUGAUCGAUGCAGACAGCCGUCCCAAGUUUCGCGAACUGAUAGCGGAGUUCUCAAAAAUGGCCCGUGACCCCCCACGCUAUCUUGUUAUACAGGGAGAUGAUAGGAUGCACUUGCCUAGCCCUACAGACUCCAAGUUUUAUCGCACCCUGAUGGAGGAGGAAGACAUGGAAGAUAUAGUGGACGCGGAUGAGUAUCUCGUGCCACACCAGGGCUUCUUCAACAGCCCCUCAACAUCCCGCACUCCUCUCUUGAGUUCAUUGAGUGCAACUAGCAACAAUUCUGCUACAACCUGUAUUGACAGAAAUGGGCAGGGACACCCUGUGAGGGAAGACAGCUUUGUCCAGAGGUAUAGCUCAGACCCAACAGGCGCUUUCUUGGAGGACAGCAUAGACGACAGCUUCCUGCCAGCCCCGGAGUAUGUAAACCAGUUGGUGCCCAAGAAAGCAUCUGCCUCAGCAGUCCAGAAUCCAAUCUACAACAACUUCUCACUCACAGCAAACUCAAAGGUCCCCAUGGACUCCAGCUACCAGAAUUCACACAGCACAGCUGUGGACAACCCCGAGUAUCUCAACACCAACCAGUCUCCGCUGGCCAAGACAGUCUUCGAGAGCUCUCCAUACUGGAUCCAAGCGGGCAACCACCAAAUAAAUCUGGACAAUCCUGACUACCAGCAGGACUUCUUACCGAAGGAAACCAAACCUAACGGUCUCUUGAAAGUUCCUGCAGCAGAGAAUCCGGAGUACUUGAGGGUAGCAGCACCAAAAAGUGAAUACAUUGAAGCCUCAGCAUGACCAUAGAGAAUUUCUUCUUGCAGCAAGGCAAGCCAGGCUCUCGGUGAACCACCUGGCUGUUGCAAGAACGGACUCUCACUGACAGUGAAUGGCGACUGCAAUGCAUCAAUAAGCACACCUUUCCUUUUCAGCAUGGGGGCUGAAACUGCGAAGCUUAUGUGAUGGUAGGUUUGGGUCUUUUCUUGCCCAUUUCCGGAUAAUAACUGAGGCCCAUAGCCUGCACUUGGCUGCGUGUUGGGAUGGAGCAGGAUCUUCCUGGAUGGAAGAAAUACGGAUGCAUUUCUUUCAUUUUCAAAUGGUAGCAUGGUAAGAAGCCACUCUGGGAUGAACUUGAGAGCUGUACACAUUGUACAGUCAAAUUCCUUUCUACAGUCUGUUUUUUUAAAAAUGUUUCUAACAUAAUUUUUGGAUCUUUUACAAGAUCAGAUGAUUGUACUGCUGGUCUGCUAUGUGGUGCUCAGAUCACCAGCAGGAAAAAAGAAAUAAUAUUACUAAAUAGUUUUCCAAAACUCCUGGAACAGAAACAGUUAUUCCAAACCACCGGAUUUCUACAAAUUGGCUCCAUAUAUUGCUUCUUGGCAUGAAGAGGAGAAAUGCAUCUGGGGAACAUAUGGGAGAUUGUGCCCAGGGCAGUAUGGAGUGGAUCAUUCCGGGUAAAACUAGCACAAGGAGCAAAAUGGCAUGAUGCAUCACCUACUGACCACUACUGCUAAAAACUGACAGGAGGAACUCACCUCAAAGUCAUCUGUACAUGGUUAUAAAGUGCUCGCUAGUCUGCUUUCUGAUGGUCAAACACAAGACUUCUUUUUCUGAUCCCUUAUGCAGCUGUCGAGUUGUCAAAAUGCCUUUCUUCAACAAAACUGUUAAAGAUGUUGCCGUAACUGAAAAAUGAGGUGUCAAAUAAUGUUUAACAGACUUUAAUUAAAUGUCAAGGAAAUGCAAUGGGGCAAAUUGGAGCAUUCAAGAGACAGACUGGAAGAGCUAUACUGAAUUAGACUUGACUAGGGCAAGAAACACAGGUAUCUCUAGCCAAGUGGUUUUAUUUCCCUUCUUAAAGGGGCUCAGAACAGAAAUCAUUUUCCCUUAUAGAUCUGACAAAGAAAAGGGGUGUUACGCUUUACUCACUUCAAGGCAGAAUACUGCCCAUUGUUGUACUGUGCUGGGGUCUGGUUGCCUGUUCCUUUGCGGUUACAUACCCUGGCAAUGCAGGAGGGGCAGUGAGAAUGAAUUAAGGACAGGAAGAAUAAUCUGGAGUGAUGGAAAAUAUUAUCUCCCUCUUCUGAAACACAGGGCUGCCUAGUACUUCUUUAAAAUACCCAGCAUCAUCUUCUGUUUUCAGUGUGGAAUAGGCGGAGUAGGCAAGGCUAAAAUUUCAGCUUCAUAGUAUAAAUCAAUCACAGCAGCAAAAGCAGCUACUCUUUCCAGGGGCCUGUGAUACAGAACUUCAGAUUCUUCCAUCAUUAACAUUUCUUAUGAAUGUAGGAGGAGUAAAAUGCCUAAAGCGUGAAUUUAGUCAGUAAUUUAGAUGCAUCCCACCAGCAGCUUGGCAGUGCUAUUUUAAUCAAACCACUAGAUCAGAAAGCAAAUGCACAUUUGUUGGUUUUGGUACAAAGGUUGAACUAGUUGAACAUUGGCAACUUGCUUGAGGGUAGCAUAAGCAGCUGAGUUGCAGAAGAUAUGUAGUCUAUAUUAAGUAGCAAGAAAUAGUCAAAUUUAUGCCACCACUGUGUUUUGAAUAUAUCAGUAUGUGUUUCAGUUUAAGUAUUGCAUCUGGAGUCCAGGAUCAAGAAGCAAAUCCUCAGAACAUUGUUUUUACAGAUUUAUUGAGGAAUGAAGGACAAGAAUGGUCAUGUGAAGUGACCCCUUUUAUAAGUAACACAGUGUAAAAUGCAUUAGCAGCUUGUGUGUGUGCAAUAGUUCAUUGGCCACGCUAUGGUCUAGGGCAGAGCAGUAUAUUGGGUCAAAAUCCAAAGAUUAUCCUGUUUGGUACAUCUGUGCCACCAUGACCAAGUCCCAGGCACAGCGGUAUGGAGGAUGCAAUGUUUGACUUUGAUUAUUACUGUCUUGUGUUUAAAACACUAUCCAAAAUUCAGUUCCCACACCCAAUUAGUGGCAGAUUUCUCCUUGCAUUCCUGAGAGCAGAUUUGUUGUGUUGCUCUCACAAGCGUGCAACAUGUACGCACAGGCAGCACUGCUUUUCUCCACCCACCACCCCAGGAGGAGUGUACAUAGAACCAAAAAAAGAUCUUAACAGAAAUCACAGACAAUUUUAAAUUUGCUAAAUCUGUUAUGUCUCCAAGCAGAACACUAGAAAAUCACAUAGUGCACAUUCUCCUGCAGAACCUUUCCGACGGUAUUGUGCAAAAGAAUGUGUUGAUGUUUUGUUUUAAUCUGUUAGCUAAAACAAGAAAGUGACUAAGAAAUAGCAAUAUGUAUCACCAGCAUUAUAUAGCAUUAACAUUAUUUAAUAGAGGUUACUAUGCUUGCCUAUAACAAUUUAGGAGGGAUUCAGUAGUGACUCAUUGCUAGAAACAGGGAGAUUCAUCUAAAAAUUAAGCAAUGUAAGUUUUAAAGAGCAUCACUUUUGGAAUGUAUUGUUUUUGAUGAAAAAAGCAGGAAAGAGGAUGUAGGACCACAAACUCUUAGUGCAAACGUACAGAUUCUGGAUUGGUGGGAUCAGCUGAUUUGUAAAGUAGUUCUGGUAAAGAAGCAUCCUGUAAAUUUGUAAUGAUUACGUUACAUGAUUUGUAAAUUGGCAGCUCAGUAAUUGUUCAAAAGCCAGCAAAAAAACAAAAACUGGGCAGUGUGGUAUAGUCAGUGGGCAGUGCCUGCAGGGGCAGAUACAGUGGCAGUAGGAGAGAUGGGACCGCACAGCUGCGUGGCUGUCGCUGGAGGCAUGGGUGCUAUGCAGGGUGAUGUUCGUAGGGUAACAGACAGCUGCAAUGUACCAAAUAAUGUCCACUCAAUAAGCAACUGAAAUGGUCUGGUUUUCCCACUGCAGCUCACUGACCAUGUAACACAAAGGGUUCCCGUGCAGGUCACAGGUGCUCAUAAAGGCGAACACGGUUAGGCAGUGUUUCAUGGGACCUUGCUGAUGCAAUGUUGCAUGGAGUUCAGGCUACUGGGACAUACUACUAGAACAUAAAAGUUGUGUUUUUACAAAUAUUAGAAAAAAGAUACACGCAUCUUGAGAGCUUACAUAAAUCAACAUCCAAAAAUAACUUGAAAGUGCUGCUGUUGUCUCUCAGGAGAUGUGGGUAGAAAAUUAUUAUUUUUAAAAUGCAGCUGAAUAGGAGAAUGUAGCAGGGCACAGCCACUUCUAAAAGCUAAGAGAGUCUUACCAGUCAAGAAAAUAAAAUUUACCCUUUUUACUGUAUUUCUCAUGGAAGGCAAAAUAAAACCAUUCACAAGUUAGUGCUUAGCGUCUCUUAAUCAUAAAGCAGCAGUUAAUAUGAAACUGCCUUUGCAAUAAUAAUUUAAGACUUUUAAUAACUGCUAAGUAUAUUAAAAUGUAAGUGAAGUCAAGAGUCUUCAUCUUUGAUGUUUUCCAGUGAUUUGUGUACAGUGUCAGUGCACUUGACUUCAUUUGGGCCUUGAGUUGUUUUCUUCUGCUUCAAAGGGAAUUGGCUUGGAAAGUUUCCUUCAUGUUGCAAUCCGUCUUGUCGGGUAAAUUCAUCCAAGAGGCAUGGGGCUUGCUUUUGUUUCCAGCUGGCAGGCAACAAUGCAGUGAGUUUUCUAGAGAGAGCAGCUGGAAAUAAAUGGUGGUUUCUGGAAUGCCUUAGGGUGAUGCCCUGUCCCACCAGCGUCACUGUCAGAUGGCCAUGUGAAGCCCCGGCAUUAGAAAAUACAGUCCUGUGGUUUAUUUGAAAGGAAGGGGCUUGUGUAUUGAGAGUAAUGCCAGGGAAGGGUUGCAGCCAGCCAAUCCAUACCUAAGACAGCUGCCAAAUUUGCCCAGGGACAUCACUGAGGCCAUUGGCUGUUCCUGCAGGUACAGGCAGGAAUAGCCACGUGGCUUCUGUCCCUGCUAGGGCUUGAAGCAAAGCCCUCUUGCAGAGAUUGCUUGUGCAAAAACCAAUGUAUGCAGCAUUCGUACUAUGGGGUGAAUCUCUUCUCUUCCCUAGGAGAUGCAAUUAGGGCUACAACAAUAUCACAGGACCCCAAACAGCUUAAAUAGGUCCCAUCACAAGGUGCCUGGGGUGUCCUUGGUCUGUCUGGGGGUGCUCCAGGGUGCCAAGGAGAAACCUUGCAUUUCCAGACAAGUGCUCAUUUUUCAGAUUCGGAGUUCAACAUCUCUGUUAGUAUGACUGCUGCCUCACCAGAUGAGCAGUUACGGUACUCUGGCUUUUGUUUCCCUCUGUGUUUCUCUGUGAGAAAACAGCUGAAUCAGGACUAAGUAUGAAAAUGUACCUGUGUCCUCCUUCCUGAUGGAAUGGUAUAUUCAUGAAAUGUCAAACUCUGUAUAACACUUAGCAAGAAUUCUUUGUAAUGUUUUAUCACCACUGGUUCAAAUUUUUGUAUUGGGAUCCCAUUUUCUACCUUUCUUUUUGUAAGUGUUAUCUCUUUGUUCUGACAUACAACUUUUAAGGAGCCUUUUUAAAAUAAUAAUUAAAAAAAAAAGUUUAUACAAAAGAAAAACACACCUUCAAGUAGCUUGUCAAAUGGGCUGCAUUAGGACCAAAGAUGUAAUGUCUUGUUUUCUUGCUUUAAAGGAAAAGGGUAUUCAUUACCACUUGACAGCCUCUUUCCACAGGGAAAAGCUACAGAUCUCUACUCUUCACUGGGGCUGGGCCAGACCUCCACUAAGCCAAGAGGACUUGACAGGAGGGUGAGGCCUCCAUAGAAAACCAAACCAAAUAUCAGGAGCAGGUAUCACUUCAGGGCCAGACCUACAACCUCUACUCCAUUUUGAUUAAUUUUCUACUCAACGCAAUAGCUAAACAGGGUCAUGGUCAAGAAAAAAGAAACAAAUACAUGAUGAUUUGGCUCAGUAUCAGGAAAAAAUACAAUGUGAAGAUGAGAUAUAGCGAGAUAAUUGCUUUUUAUGUGAGAAAGUGUGUAGGCAGGCAGUGAGACUUUAAGCCAAUAACACUUCUGGUUAUGUAUUACUUUAAUUAUGCGGGGGAGUUGAAAUCAUGGCACUUACAUUCUGCUACAAGUCCUGCCUCUGUUCGACUUCCUGUGUUUUGGUAGAUCACCUGUAUUACUGUGGCUGCAUGAGAAUAUUACUGUGGCUGCAUGAGAAUUGCAGGUUGGUCAGAGGUACUGCAUGCAACCUCUCCUUCUUAUACAGGGAGAGGAGAGUGCGGCAAUAGAAGGCUGUACCAUAGUAAGUGGUCAAGCAAACCCACAGUAGCAUCCAAAAAAAAGGGUUUCCUGAGGAAAAAAUUGAUAACAGGAGGCCUACUGGCAAAAGACAUGCCACUUGUUGCACCACUGAAGUCAGCAGGCAAAAUGCCUUGAGCCAAGAUUCAGGGCUGGUACUUCACCAACUUUGUUCUCAUCCUCUUACAAUGGCACAAAUGGGGCUGUCUGGAUGCGUGACAGCAUGGGCCUUGUGGUCUCUCCAUACCUCUCGCCUUGAAGUAAUGGAUUUUCCUGAUUAAUAAGGUGAAAACCAGAAAUGAAACCCGCCGCUAACGACUGGAUUGGUUGAAGGUGUUGUUCCUAUGUAGCUGAUACGGUACGUCGUUUCCAGUUGUGCUGGAAUUUAUCCAGACCCUUCUCCUUACCUCUCGCAAGCUUGCUGGGGCAUGUGCAUUUGCAACCACCAUCGAUGUUAUCCUCAUAUUUUGUGAAAGGGAGUAAAUAAAGCAGUUAUCUACAAUGGUAGGAGGCUUGGCUCACAAACAUAUGUUGCUUUUUUAAUCCUAUGUUCCUAAUAUUGUUCCCCUUGAAAUUAAUGGGACGUUUAACUUGAUUACACUGAGAGUAUAAAACAAGGCUAAUGUUGAGUGAUUUUUUUAAAAUCCCUCACAAUAAUCAGAGAUCCUAUGGAUCCAUUGCCCGUUUUAGGCUGCUUUGUAUUGAUGCAAUCAACCGAGUAUAAGGUAUAAUGUCUUGGUUUUAAUAAACUGUCAAGCAAUAUAUCCAUAGAUACAGAUGGUACCCUCACAGCAUUGUAAAGUUACUCAACUAUGAAAGCACUAUUUGUAUAAUAAGAAACUCUUGACUUUUGUAUGGUUUAAUGGUUUAUACUGUUGAUCAAAGAUUGUUUGUAUAUUGAGCGAUAAAAAUGAGGUGUAUAUUAUUCUUUUUAAUUGUUUUUAAUUUUUGGAGAACUUUUAUUGUAAUAUACUGUUGUAUUCGGGGGGAAGAAAUACCAGUGGCUAGCUUGUAGGGUUUGUAGCCAGAGAAGAACUCACAUGAAGGGUUCUUUAUUGAUUGACUUAGAUUUUUUUUUUUCUGGUAAAAGUUGUCACCUUGGGGAUUUAUCCAGAGCUUAGUGAAGCUAAUAACAGGACCCUUUCCUCUCUCCAAGACUCUUUGGCUCUCUGCAUGUACAGCGCUGAAGUUUCACAAUGUGAGCAGUAAUAAAGCUAACACUUGUGACCAUUGGAAGUGCAAUAUGAAAGCCCAGGUGCUGCUUAUCAGGGCACUAAUAAAAGCUGCUCUUUCCAAUUGCAUGGCAGGUUCUCACUUCACUUUUAUUAUACUAGCAGAUGCAGAGUCAAAAUAAUCCCUCAAAAGCUUAUCCAUAUUAUGUGGUGUAUGAAGCCAUACUGCUGGCCAUUUUUGAAUUGCAUAGCUAUGAGCUAUGCAACAGCAAUGCAGGACUCCCUCGUAAGGAAAGGUAAAAUAAAGUCUCAACCAGAGUCACACUGGUGACUUAAAUUCUUGUACUACAUUAUGCAAAAAGAAAACCUCCUGGCAAACCCAGUCAAAUGAAGCCCCAGCAUUCCCCUGAGUAUUGGUGUUUAAUUAUCCAACUGGUAGAACAUGUAGCAGACAAAGGAAUUACAGGGUCCUCAACAAAACAGCAAAAUACACUGGGUUGACAAAACAGUAAAGAGAGGAGCUGGAACCGUUCAUACACAUUCAGCCUGGAUAAGUCCCUGGUAUCAUGAUCAGUAAAUUAAAUCAUCUUUGUCUUUAUAAAUGAACUCUGUACACAGAAAAAAAAAAGCCACUACAGCACCUUUCUCAUUUUCACCUUUCCAUCCAGUCCCUUCCAACACGUAGGCUGCAUGUUUUACCAGCUCAACCUAUUUUAUGCAGAAAAGACAUAGUCUUAAUCUUCAUAUUACUGGUUCUCAGAAAUGUCUAAUGCGUAUUAAUGCAUGAUAUUUUUAUUUUAAUAAAAGUAAUUAAAUAAA